AUUGGUAUAUCCAAAAUCAUCAAAUAAAAAAGAAAUAAUAUCAAAGUUGCUCUAAAUGGCCUCCUUUUUUAUUCUAUUGCCUUCUUUUACCAUUCACUUCUUCUCCUUGCUCUUGCUUACAAACUUUACUUCCUACACUUUCUCAUUAUGCAACCAUCAUGACAGCUCUGCUUUAUUACAAUUCAAGAACUCAUUUUUUGUCGACACUUCAUCAUCUACACCUGAUAAUAUACCCGAUGACAUGGACCUAGUUGUUCCUCUUUUUCUUUCAAGACAGAAUCUUGGAAAAACAAUACAGAUUGUUGUGAGUGGGACGGUGUCAUGUGCGACAACGUGUCAGAUUACGUGAUUGGUCUGGACCUUAGUUGCAACAAUCUGAAAGGUGAAUUACAUCCCAAUAGCACUAUCUUCCAGCUUAGACACCUUCAACAACUCAACUUGGCUUUUAAUUUGUUUUUCCCUUCUUCAUUGCAUGAUGGUAUUGGGGAUUUAGUGAAUCUCACACAUCUAAAUGUGUCAAACUCAUACCUCAGUGGUAAUAUUCCCUCCACAAUCUCUCAUUUGUCAAAAUUAAUAUCACUCAAUCCAUUGACAUGGAAGAAACUCAUUCAUAAUGCUACUAAUUUAAGGGACCUUUAUCUGGAUUAUGUGGAUUUGUCCUUAAUCACAGAGAGUUCUUUGUCUAUGCUAAAGAAUUUGUCAUCCUCUUUGGUUUCUCUUAGUCUAAGAUCCACUGAAUUGCAAGGAAAUUUGUCAAGUGACGUCCUCUCUUUACCCAACCUUCAAAAACUAGAUUUGUCAUAUAAUUACGACCUUAUUGGUCAACUUCCAAAGUCCAACUGGAGCAUGCCUCUAAGGUACUUGGACCUCUCUUCCACUUCUUUCUCAGGUGAAAUUCCUUAUUCCAUAGCUCAAUUGAAGUCUCUUACUCAUUUAUACCUUCAAGAAUGCAAUUUAGAUGGGACGAUUCCUCUAUCUUUGUGGAACCUCACCCAACUAACAUAUUUGGACCUUUCAGAAAAUAAACUAGUUGGUCCAAUUCCAAAUGAAAUCACAAAACAUUCAAAAUUGAGCCAUGUGGAUUUAGGUUCUAAUAUGUUAAGUGGAACAAUUCCGCAUUGGUGCUAUAAUUUGCCUUCGUUGUUAGUGUUGCGCCUCAGCAACAACCACCUCACAGAUUUCAUUGGUGAGUUCACAACUUAUUCUCUGCAUUAUUUGGGUCUCUCUAAUAACAACCUACAUGGUCAUUUUCCAAAUUCAAUUUUUGAACUCCAGAAUCUUGCCGGCUUAGAUUUGUCAUCAACAAACUUGAGUGGUGUUGUGGAUUUUAACCAAUUUUCAAUAUUUAACAUACUACAAUCUCUCAAUCUUUCACACAAUAAUUUUCUUUCUAUCAACAUUGAUAGCAAAGUUGAAUCCAUCUCAUCACCUUACCUUGCAUGGUUAGAUUUAUCUUUUAGUAAUAUUAAUAGUUUUCCUAAGUUCCUUGCACGACUACCAAAUCUCCAAUCAUUAGAUCUCUCCAAUAAUAACAUUCAUGGGAAAAUUCCCAAAUGGUUUCAUAAGCUCUUAAACUCAUCGGAAUACAUUUAUUACAUUGAUCUUAGUUUCAACAAGUUGCAAGGAGAUCUUCCAGUUCCACCCUAUCGCAUUCAAUACUUUUUACUCUCAAAUAACAAAUUCACAGGAGAUAUUUCUUCAUCAUUCUGCAAUGCAUCAUCUCUGGAGGUGCUCAAUUUGGCACACAACAAAUUAACAGGCAUGAUCCCACAAUGUUUGGGGACACUUCCUUCUCUUUCUGUAUUGGAUUUGCAAAUGAAUAACCUCUAUGGAAGCAUCCCUACAAACUUUUCCAAACAAAAUCGAUUCGAGACUAUAAAGUUGAAUGGAAAUCAAUUGGAAGGACCAUUACCACACUCUUUGGCUCAUUGCAAAAAACUUGAAGUUUUGGACCUUGGUAACAACAUAAUAGAUGAUGUAUUUCCCAAUUGGCUAGGAAUUCUACCAGAGUUACAAGUACUGAGUUUAAGAUCGAAUAAACUUUAUGGUACAAUCACAUGCUCUAGCACCAAACAUCCAUUUCUAAGUUGAGAAUUUUUGAUGUCUCUAACAACAAUUUUAGUGGUCUGUUGCCAACAUCAUGUAUUAAGAACUUUGAAGGAAUGAUGAAUGUCAACAACAGCCAUAUUGGUUCGCAAUACAUCCAUACGUCCUAUUACUAUGAAGAUUCUGUGGUGGUCAUAAUGAAAGGUUUUUAUGUGGAGCUCACAAAGAUAUUGAAUAUUUUCACAACUAUUGAUUUAUCAAAUAACAUGUUUGAAGGAGAAGUUCCACAACUCAUUGGAGAUUUAAAAUUUCUAAUAGGCCUUAACCUUUCAAACAAUGGAAUCACAGGUACCAUUCCACAGUCAUUGAGUUAUUUGAGAAAUUUGGAGUGGUUGGACCUAUCAAGGAACCAGUUGAAGGGUGAGAUUCCCAUGGCUCUCACAAAGCUGAAUUUUCUCUCAUUCUUGAACCUUUCACAAAACCAUCUCAAGGGUAUGAUACCUAAAGGCCAACAGUUUGAUACAUUUGGAAAUGAUUCUUUUGAAGGAAAUACAAUGUUAUGUGGAUUCCAAGUGUCUAAAUCUUGCAAAAAGGAUUAAGAUCGGUGAAACGCACCGUUUCAUUUUUUCUAAAUAAAAAAAUAAAAACGGGACAAAAACCAAAUAUAACCACCGAACCCAACCCCACCCACCAAUUCUCUCACAUUCUAGUUUCUUCUUUCACUUUCUCUACUUCCUCCCCUGUUUCACGGUUCUUCCAUUUCCCCAAUUGCUAUUCAUCUUCUUCUUUCAAACACAAAUGUCAGCCAUGCACUCAAAAGAAAACUAACAAACCUCUAUUAUAAGUUCCUCAUACUUCUACAAAUAGUAUUGGGUAUAAUUUUGGGAUUAGGGUUAGUGCUCUAAGAGAGGAGAUGAGUACCCACUCUUUGAAAGUUACUUAUUGGGACUUUUGAGAUUCGACAGUUGAUGCUUUAUCUGCUACUCCGGGAGUCGUUAGAGAGAAAAACUAGCCGGUCUUCAUAGUUAUUCAAAGUCAGCUGAGUAGGGGUUUCUAGCAGAUAUUGAGAGUCGUCGGUAUCAUUCUUUUGAUUCGACAGUUGAUGCUUUAUCUGCUACUCCGGGAGUCGUUAGAGAGAAAAACUAGCCGGUCUUCAUAGUUAUUCAAAGUCAGCUGAGUAGGGGUUUCUAGCAGAUAUUGAGAGUCGUCGGUAUCAUUCUUUUGGCUUGCCGGACUAGUAUUAGUUCGUGCGCCGGUCACGAUUGGAGUUGGGUCGUGA